UGAACCGGUCCCUUAAUAACGUCACUUCCCCCCGACGGGCAUGCACUGUCUUGUAAUAUUUCAGCCUUUAGAGUUUGACGGCGCUGUCUGUCUUUAAAUACACGUUUUGGUAUCGUCUAAACACACUUCAGCCUCUAUGAAGUAGUAGCGAUAUGAGCAUGUUUUCUUCUUUCUGACACAAAUGGAGAAUUCAGAGGCCAGUCCAUCAUCGGGGCCCCUGGCAGUGCCGGACAGAGGCAUGGCGCGACCCUCAGGCCCGCCUGGUCAGCUGUCAGAGUCAGCCAGGCCCUCCAAGCACAGGGAUCACCCGUCCAAGUCACCAAGGAGACGGCGGAAGGGGACAAGGUCACAGAGACGGGGGGGUGGUCAUGAACAGCUGCUCUGGGAGAUCGAGCGGCGGAGGUUGCCAGGCCAACACGAGCACUUGGAGCCCUCUGGCUCAGCGAGCGACACAGCAGAAAGCUCUCCUAAGAGGAGAGCCCACUUUCUACAUGGACCGUAUCCAGCCACUCACUUCGGACCCAAAGCCUGUAUUCUUCCCAACCCAACUUCAGUCAUGCACAUCCAGGACCCAGCCAGCCAGCGGCUCACCUGGAAUAAACCUCCUGUCAACGUGCUUGUCAUCAGGAAAAUCAGAGAUGAGAGCCUCGUCGAGCCUUUCAAAGAGCUCUGCAGGUUUCUAGUGGAGGAGAAACAGAUGAUGGUGUACGUGGAACGCAGGGUAGCAGAUGAUGCUACGCUGUCAAGGGACGAGGCAUUCGGCUCCAUCCGCAAUCAGCUCUGCACCUUCAGAGAAGGUUAUGAUGAUAUCUCUGACUGCAUAGACCUGAUCAUCUGUCUGGGUGGGGAUGGGACUCUGCUCUACGCCUCCUCUCUCUUCCAGGGCAGCGUCCCUCCGGUUAUGGCAUUUCACCUCGGUUCUCUGGGUUUCCUGACGCCCUUCAAAUUUGAAUCAUACAAGACCGAAGUGGCAAAAGUGUUUGAAGGCAACGCAGCCAUCACUCUGCGCAGUCGUCUGAAGGUGAAGGUAGUGAAGGACAUGCUUCAGAGAGCAGGCCAGCAGCCGUACAGCCGAGAACCGCAGCAGCAGCAGGAACACAACGGACUCCUUCCUCACGGACACACCAACAGCGAGGCGGGCAAGGUCACCCUGCAGCUACAGGUGUUGAAUGAGGUGGUGGUGGACCGAGGCCCGUCCUCCUACCUGUCCAAUGUGGACUUGUACCUCGAUGGGCGACUUAUCACCUCAGUGCAGGGAGACGGUGUGAUUGUGUCCACACCUACAGGCAGCACAGCGUAUGCAGCCGCAGCGGGAGCCUCCAUGAUCCACCCCAACGUUCCCGCCAUCAUGGUCACCCCCAUCUGCCCACACUCGCUCUCCUUCAGGCCCAUCGUCGUCCCUGCUGGGGUGGAGCUCAUGAUCACCUUGUCCCCUGAUGCCAGGAACACCGCCUGGGUGUCAUUUGAUGGCAGGAAGAGACAGGAGAUCCAAUAUGGAGACUGUAUCAAGAUUACUACGUCUUGUUACCCAGUGCCCUCCAUCUGUUGCCAUGACCUGGUGUACGACUGGUUUGAAAGCCUGGCUCAGUGUUUGCACUGGAACGUACGCAAGAGGCAGGAGCGACUGGCGGACAUCUCGGACUCAUCGGACACAGAAAACUGAAUCAGCGGCUGCUCUUACUGGCCUACGUUAAAGACAUUCAGUCAACGUUCUCCACAGCAGCUGAGUGAGUGAGGGCGAGGGGAUGAGAGUUGUUCUGGGACAACCACAAGGUCACCCUGCAAACAUUUUCAUGACAGGAACACUGUACUUUGAGAGCGAGUGCACGUGUGUCUACAGCCAAAUUAGUGUUAGUCCUGUGAAUAGCAUGUACAAUGAGCAUACUGUGUAUACAGUAUGUUAUACACUGAGUCAUACAUGUGAGUAAGCAUCUCAUUACAUUCCAUCCCAUACGCAAUCUUUAAUUGUAUCUGUAGUUCACAGGGAGAGAGCAUGUUUCUCACCUAGAAAUGGGGGGAAAAAAACUAUUGCAGUUACUUUAAUGAUUCAAUAUAUUAAUAUUCUGAAUGAAUACUGUUAAUCAUGUGUUACUGGCACAAACUCAGUGGGAUUAUAGGUAGAAAAACACUGAUACAUUGAGAAAAAGAAAUGUAAAUGUGUACAUACAGGAUUCUAGGAUACAUUUAUUUUAUGUCAUAUUUAUGUGAUAUUUAUAUAUUUUCAAGAUGGGAGUUUAAAAAGACUUAAAACUGAAUUUCUGUUACUGAGUCAGCCAAAGACUGUACACUGUAUGCGAUUGUUUUGUACAAUCAAGUCGCUGUAAAGGAUUUUUUCAUUCUCUUUCAUAGCUUUUCUGCCCAAGUUAAAUUCUACAAGUCAGAUUGCAUUCGUAGAACAAAACACAAUAAAAUGAGUUGGAGGAACUUCCA